UUCGAACAGCAGAGCAGUAUGUGUUCUGUUUCCUGACUGCCCUGAACCCCCUCUCUCUGUGUCCUGUAGGGCAGUUAUAAGUUGUUUCUCUGCGGUCCUCUCUCUGAGGGCUCAAAUGCUUUAUUUCUGCAUAAGCUCCCAAAUGAGUCUGUGUCUGUUACUUUCAAUAUUCCAACACUGAACCAAAAGUAAUCAUGUUUGGGGGCGACAUAGCUCAGGAGGUAAAAGCGGUUGUCUGGCAGUCGGAGGGUUGCCGGUUCGAUCCCCGCCCUGGGCAUGUCGAAGUGUCCCUGAGCAAGACACCUAACCCCUAACUGCUCUGGUGAAUGAGAGGCAUCAAUUGUAAAGCGCUUUGGAUAAAAGCGCUAUAUAAAUGCAGUCCAUUUACCAUUCACCAUGUUUGGUAUGGGUAUAUUUUAAUACUCACAACGAAGGUCGGGGUACAAAGUAAAUCCACCUUUCUUGCAUUGCUAAAUAAUUAUCCAACUAGAUCAAAACUAAAUAAAUAUUUACCAAAGUUAUUGAAACCCGCCCCACAAUGGGAAAGGCGAACGUGAUAUGAAGGUGUGCCCUCCAAACAGCCAAUGACAGCCCAGACUGCGCUCUCCUGGUCAGGUUUUUAAGUCAAUGACCACUGAAGCCACCCUUCUUCUUUUUUCUUGUUCAAAUUUUUCCUUUUUCCUCCGUACCCGAGCCGUGGCUCACGUUGAUUUUUAGGAAGCUACCCUAGCCUCUGUGUCCCCGCCGAAUAACCCUGGAUCGGUGUACUGUUGGACUUGAGUGUUCGCACCGCUUUGGAACCGUGUGUCUACGCCUUGAAGUACUGACGGGCUCGUGUUGGGAGUCCGGUGUCGCCGAUCAAGCUGGCCUGUCUAAAGCUACAUUUUCCGGCUUUGAACGUAGCGCAUGCUGCCUCAGCUGGGUCUCGGGGAUCACUUUCUCCUCCCUCUCUCCUCUGUUCCUCUCCUCUCCACACUACGACUCAUAAGUAACGCCAUAAUUCGAAGUUUAACGUACCGUUAGCUAUUUAUGCGUACAUCCGUACGGAGCCAGCAGUAGCAAGACCGUGGCUAGACGGUAAACCAAAUUGUAUGGUCAAAACUUUGUGUUAUGAGUCGAGUGUAACUGAUUGUUGUCUGUCUCAUACUAAUCAUAGACUACGUGCGUAAAAUGGUAUUAGUUCAUAGAGUUUCUGUGUAGUGGUACCCAGCAACCUUGUUGAGAGAGCGUUUCACUUAUGAACUAUAAUACUGAUACUGUAACGUCUGACUCGUCACUACAUUCUACAUUAUAUGUACGGAAUUGUAUUGUGCUAUACUGUGCCAAUAUCCUAUCCCGUAUUACAACCAAACUGCUUAACUUCCAAUAACAAUUAUUUGUCAUUAAAGCUUAUAUUUUUGUAUAUGUUUUGUACAUGCUAAUGGAAUGAUCACCAACAAAGUCAAAUAGAGACAUUUGAAUUCAUAAGUGCCAAGGGUCAAUUCCCACUAAAUAAUUUUUAGUGUUGACGUUGAUAAAGGGUGAUCUCCAGUUAUUCUGGGUUCAGUAUUCAGAGUGCUGUGUGGGAGAAACUAAUCCCAGCCUGGGCCAGUCGGACUGAGAGUUCCCACCAAACUGUUGAUCCCUUCUUUAAGUAAUAAGCACAAUCCACAGAGUCUGCUGUAAAUGAGUUUAUUGUAUAUGACUCGAAGUGUCAUAUAGCACAUUUUAUACAGUGGCUGUAGCCCAAUGUGCUGCACAAGCAAAGGCACAAAAAAAGCAAAACAACAAAUAAAAUGAUAAAAUAAUGAAACAACAAUAGAUGAAUAAAACAACAAAUGAUGAGGCACCUUAAGUAAAAGCCAGGCUAAAAAGAUAUGCCUUAAGUUUUCUUUUAAAAAUGUCCACAGAGGAGGAGUCUUUUUGCGUUUCCACUGUCAACUCAAUGUAGGGAUUAUGCUUCCAUACCACACUGGUUUAACAGCACUAUCUGGAUGUAGGUUUUCCUCUCAGUGUCUGUUCUUCCAUUUAAUUAACCGUUUGAAGCCUUUACACAACAUCAGUAUAGUGCCUUACUGUUCAGUAUGUACAAAUCUGGAUUUUCUACACUCUUACAUUCGAGCGCAGGUCCUGUUAGACCAUCUAAGUCCAAAGUAAAACCAGGUUCAGGAAAGGGCUCAUCCUUAAUAGCUCCUGCAGUUCAGUUGUCAUCAAACGUUCUGGUUUUGGGUCCAAAGCCUCACUGAAUUAAAGUGAAAUUAAGAAACCUUCCAGUUUAACCAAAUGCAGUGUUUUCUCUCUUUCUCUCUCUCUCUCUCUCUCUCGAAGGUGCUGGGUGUCUUCCUAGGGAGUAAGCAGAACAUGCUGAAAAACUGGGAGGGGAUGCUGGACAGGAUCAAGGCACGGCUGACAAAGUGGAGAUGGUUACUACCACAGAUGUCAUUCAGGGGGAGGGUGUUGGUGAUCAACAACCUGGUGGCCUCCAUGCUGUGGCAUAGGCUUUCCUGCCUGGAUCCUCCCCCAGGACUACUGAAAGAGGUUCAGUCAGUGUUUCUGUCCUUUUUUUGGGGCGGGAACCACUGGCUGCGCCCAGCGAUACUUUAUUUGCCUGUGGAGGAGGGGGGGCAGGGUCUGGUCGACGUCUGCAGCAGUGGUGGCUUUUAGGCUACAGGCGGAGCCUUCUUUUUCCUGAGGAAGGUGGGGGGUUUGGGCUGUGAUUGGCAGCUCUUCAGAAUGGACAUUUCCAGGCUCCGCACAGAGGGGCUGCCUGGUUUUUACUGCAGCAUGCUUAAGGCUUGGGAGCUGCUGAAGGUAGAGGGGCGGGAGGAAGCAGUCACAAGAGACUCUGUGCUCCAGGAGCGUCUGUUUUUUAAUCCUCUCUUUCCUGAAGCGGCGUUACAGUCUGGACUGUCCCUCCACACCUUUGCUAGAGGUGGGGUAACAAGACUCAUCCAUCUUCUGGACAUGCAGAACAGGUGCUGGAAAACUGUUGUGGAGUUGGCGAGGGAUCUGGGUGUCCACUCUGUUAGGAGAUGUGACAAGUUGCUGGGCGACCUGGCCAGCUGUCUUCAUCCUCACGUGCGGGAGGUGGUGGAGGAGGCACUUGCUAGAGGUGGAUUGACUGGCUCAGAAGUUUUGUGUCCUGAGCUUUGGAUACAACCUUCAGUCCAGCCCACUCAAGGACCUUUCCUGGGGGGGAGGGCCUGGGGGGUGGUCUGUGUCCGGGAGGCUCCGAGGAAGCUGCUGUAUCAGUGGUGUGUGAAAGUGACACACGCAGCUUCUCUCGCGUCUCUGCCUGCCUCGAAGUGGGUGGAAAGGUUCGCUGUUGCGGGCGAAUUGAGUCCUGCAUGGAGGACUCUGUACAGGCCUCCUUUGCAAAAGAGGUCAGGGGAUCUGCAGUGGCUGAUACUCCACAGGACAGUUUCCACAGGCCGUUUCCUGAACUGAGUUGAUCCGGGUAUCAGCCAGAAUUGUAUAUUCUGUGGUCAGGAGGAGACUGUAGAACAUUUAUUUCUAGACUGUCCCAGACUGGUAACACUUUUUCAGUUUUUAAAGCAUUUACUGCACUCACUGGGGGUUGAAUUUGGGGAGUGUCUGUUCAUCUAUAGUAUGACUUACUCAAAGACUAUGAGGGGGAAAAUUCAGAUAGUCAAUUUUGUGUUGGGCCAGGCCAAAUUGGCCAUAUGGGUGACCCGGAAGCACCAGCUAAGGGGAGCAGGCCCAACAGAGGUGUUAAUGUGGUUGCGGUUUCUGCUCCGAGCAAGGAUACGGCUGGAGUUUGAAUAUUAUCUGCUGAUGAAUGAUUUGCCUGUUUUCAAGGAUAAGUGGUGUAUUCAGCAGGUCCUGUGUGCAGUAGUGGGCAAUACACUAGAAUUGAAGGUAUGAAUAGGAGACAUGGGGAUAGUGGUGUUAGUUUUAAGUGUUUUCUGUGUGUGGGGCUGGAGUUGGUUUCUUUUUUUCUGUUUGGUUGGGGUUUUGGUUCUGGGGCUGCAAAAUGAUUAAGACUGUGUGAUUAAUAAUAAACAUGGGGGAAUGGGGGAAAGCCAAGGGGAGUGAGUCUUAUGGGACGCUAGCUUAAUUCUGUGCUUUUAUUUUGGUAGAAUAACGGCCGGAACUCAACAGAAGUUUUUACCGGAAGUUAUGUUGCUAGCUGCACGGAGCUCGGUUUAUCCGGAAGUCUCGAAAAUGCUAAUGACCCUAAUAUAGGUCGGAAAGGAAGGAUAUGAUGGAGGAGAUGGGAAGAUUGGGGAUAACAGGAGCAGGAUUGAGGGAUGUACUGGAGUGUGGUGCUAGUGGGCAGGGGAGGAGAUGUUUUAUCAACUACCUUCGGGGAACGGGACUGUUAAUAAAAGUGUGACAGGCAAUAAGCUGUAGGAGUUAACUUACUCCGAAAGGUGGCAGUAAUGCAACUUUCAAGGAUGAAGCUGCCGGUAAACAACACCGAAGAAGAAGAAGAAGAAGAAGAUGAUGAUGACCCGAAAAAAAUGACGACACGACUUCUGAAGCCUGAGACAGGUGCAUGCCACUGAACUGUAUGAGAACAAACAAACUGCGAAACUUUUUGCACGAAAAUACAAAAGGAAGCCAGAUGACUUUCUGGCCGCCUUUGAAGGAAAGGUGGCUACAAUCCGGAACUCCUUCGCCCAUCCAAUCUUUCAGUAACAAUUCCAGCCGGAAAUGAGAAUUUCAGGUUAUGGAAUUCUUGUUUCGCUUCAGUUGGCCCAGCUGGCAGUAUCUCCAGUCUACUCUGUCCGCACGUUCGUGAGCUUCGGCCAUUCCCUCACUCUUCCCUGCGAUGGAGACCCCAGCAGGGAUGUGGAUUGGUUGUUUCAGCAGGAUGAGUUUCCGGAUUGGCUUUUUGUUGCCCAACUCCACACCGGAGCCUUUUCCUCUGGAAACGGCUUCCAGGGACGGGUGGAAUCCUUCCACCGAACAGAGCCAGGAAACUACAGCCUCACCCUCAGUCCCGUGGUGUACAGUGACCUCGGCAUUUACAAGUGCCAGUACAAGGAUGAUACUGAGAUCCUUCUUUCAGAUGUGAAACUAGAAAUUAGAGUCCCAUCAAAUGUUUCCAUAGCGAUGGGAAUGUCCGUCAGUCUUCCUUGCAUUGGAAAAAUUAAUAUGCAAGCACAUGCUGGUGAUCUGGAUAUCCUCUGGAAGAGAGGUGGAGAGAAAGUUUACCAGAUCCAUAAGAACACCAUCACAUAUGGUCCCGGGUUCGAGAACAGAGCUUCAGUUUCCCCAGAACAAGCCCUCUAUGGAAACAUGUCUUUAACCAUCAGACAGACACGGUUUUCAGAUGAAGACGACUACCAGUGCUUCUACAACAGUCCGAAAGAGAGGGGGAACCCAGAUUCUGCCAGUCUCGUUGUGACAGGCCACCCACCCCAGACCCUCACAGUGAAGGCCGGUGGUUUGCUCUCCAUACCGCUCUAUACCACAGACCCAGUGAGGGUAACAUUCAGUGCCCUUGGUUCAGAUGAAGUGAUGAUGCUCGAUGCAAAUAAAGGCCCAGCCAGGUACGGGAAGCGUUGUGCUCAGAGAUGUAAGCUACAGAACUACACCCUUUUGCUGAGGAGUGUGACACUGGAGGAUGCCGGAGUCUACAAGGUAACCGAUCCUGAGACCAAGAAGACCAUCAGCUCAGUCUCUCUGCAAGUCUCAGCCUCUGCGGGACGCUCUGCUGGAGCAGUGGCUGGGAUAGUGGUGGGAGUGAUGGUGUUGCUGCUGGUUCUGGCUGGCAGUGCCUUUGCAGUCUGGAAGUUCUUCAUAAAGACACCAAACCCUGAAAAUGAAAUUAGUUUUCCAAGCAGCCAAUGCAGAAGAUCUCUAAGGUUCCAACAGCAGAGCAGCAUGCGUUCUGUUUCCUGACAGCCAUGAACCCCCUCUCUCUGUGUCCUGUAGGGCAGUUGUAAGUUGUUUCUCUGUGGUCGCCUCUCUGAGGGCUCAAAUGCUUUAUUUCUGCAUAAGCUCCCAAAUGAGUCUGUGUCUGUUACUUUCAAUAUUCCAACACUAUCUUCCACUUCCCUUCAGGAUCGCCAGACCCCUCAUGCCAGAUACCCAUAAUUCUAAGACACUGGGGGGAUUAACAACCUCCUUGCAUGUAGAGGAGCAUAGUAAGGACUGUUCAUUCGCUGUUAACCACACUAACGGUGUGAACCCCCAUGGUGUGAUAGCUUUGUGCUGUGCCAACUCGACGCCUAGAUAAUUGCUGUGUAUCCCUAUAGAGCACCACUGGCGACUAGCGAGCACCGUCAGUAUUUCAAGGCCGCUCCAUUCACACCAGCGAAUGGAGGAAAGUCUAAUUGAAUAAUUAGCAAAUACAAUUACAAUAUCCAACAGGUCUGAAAAACUCAAAGCGAG